CACUACCGCCUCAAACAAGAGCGGUAGACAAGACAGACGGCACCGCAGAUAUAGGAGACGAAAGAGUGAUGUCGAGAGAUGUCGUGGAAUUCGAUUUCUUUGCGAUGGAGAAGACACGAUCCCGCGCCAUGGAUCAAAGCACCUCCGCCCCAGGCGCCAAGCUGAGCGCCAUCUCCAGGAUGAAUCCGCAACUCCUGCGGAACGUGAUCUCCUCCGUCGGGAGAACACCGAUUCCACCUCCGCUGUCGCUUCUUGUUCUGAAUCCGUCCGAUCUGUCCGCACGAAGGAACGAUUCUGUAACGGCGCCAUUAACGAUCUUUUACAACGGCACCGUCGCCGUUUUCGAUCUUGCGCAGAAUAAGGCGGAGGCAAUAAUGAAGAUGGCGGAGAUCAGCGGGAAAGGGUUGCUAGAUAAACUUGACGAAGAUCUGUUGCCGAUGGCUCGGAAGAAAUCACUGCAGCGGUUCUUCCAGAAGCGCAAAGAGAGGUGCAGGUUGACGGCAGCAGGUCCAUACGAGAGGAUACAGGCGACGGGUUCGGCUAAGAAUACGUGUUGACCGUCUUCAACCUCUAAUUGUUUGAUUAGAUGGCAGAGAGCUGUACCAAAGACUGUUUUUAUCUCAGUUGUUUUAUUUGUUUUGGUUGCUGACACAGAUUUGUUGCGAUCGAAUACUUUUUACGGUACUUAGUAUCUCUUGACGUUGAUGUAAAUUGUUCCUUUGCUAUUGACAAUCAAAUGAUCAGUUGUUACUUUCA